AUGGGUAAUCUCGAAGUUUUGUUUUUUCCUCCCAAUAUGACAUCUGUGGUUCAGCCAAUGGACCAAGGAAUUAUUAAAAAUUUCAAGCACCAUUACCGUACUCUACUAGUACUGAACUUGCUACAGGAUGGUGGUAAAAUUGAUAUUUUACAAGCAAAUCGAAUGUCCAAAAAUGCUUGGGAACAAGUAACAUCAGAAACCAUUGCAAACUGUUUCCGUAAAGCUGGUUUUUUAAGCGGAAAUUCAGAAAAUGUCGGCAAUGAAGAAAUUCAACAAACGAUUACAAUAAAUGUAUGGGACGAUGUGAGGCAAGGUGUAAAUAUUAAUUUUGAUGACUACAUCAACAUGGAUGACGACUUACAAGUAAGAAGUAUGCGGACAUUUAUCAGAUUCAGACAUUAUACAAUUAACUGUAAGAUGUACACAAUCAUCGGAUGA